GCGGCGGCACCACCGGGGACCGGGGGACCCGCAGGGGGUUCACCCCCGGGGCUCGGGGCACGAGGGAUCCCCAGGGAACCCCAAUGGAGGCACCGGAGCUCCCGGAACCCGACGGGCUCUUCCCGGAUCCCGCCUCGCUCCCGGUGCCGGUGCUGGGCUUCCAGAUCUUGACGCUCCCGGAGGAUGAUGGCAGCGGAACCGAGGAGCUGCUGGGGCUGACGGUGAACCCCGACAUCGCCUGCGGGCUCGGCACCGGCCCGGAGCCCCCCCGGACCGAGGGGCCCCCGCCGGUGCUGCUGGAGGUGGUUUGUGACCUCAGCGCGCCCCUGCACCCCUCGCUGUUCCCCGGCACGCAGCUGGCCCCGCAGCCCGACCCCCGAACCACGCUCCGGCUGACGGAGGAGGAGCAGCGGCUGCUGGCACAGGAGGGGGUGACCCUGCCCGGGGCGCUGCCCCUCACCCAGGCCCAGGAGCGGCUCCUGAAAAAGGUGCGGAGAAAGAUCCGGAACAAACAAUCGGCGCAGGACAGCCGGAGGAGGAAGAAGGAAUACCUGGACGAGCUGGAGAGCAGGGCGGCCGCGUGCUCGGCACUGAACCAGGAGCUGCGGAAAAAGGUGCAGGAGCUGGAAACGAGCAACGGGUCUCUCCUGCGGCAGCUCCAGGCGCUGAUCAAGGAAACCUCCACCAAGCCCGCUCAGACCGGCACCUGUGUCCUGAUCCUGUUCCUGUCGCUGGGGCUGAUCCUGCUGCCCAGUUCCAGCCCGUUCCGCCGGGACGGCGACCGGGACGGCCUCGGGCCCACCGGAGUGAUCUCCAGGAACAUCCUGAUGCGGCGGGAACCGGGAGAGGUCGCACAAUUCCCGUUCCCCCGGUGGAUGUCGGGGCCAGAGCCGGGACCGGGAGCAGAGGACGGAGGCGGGGAGGGGCCUGGGGAUGGAAUUCCCGCCUCCCGGAGGGAUCCGGGCACCAAUUCCUCCAGGCAGGACGCGGGGACAGGAGGGACGCGGGGACACGGGGAUGAGAUGUGA